AAUGCAGUUUGGUGAGAUUGCAGAUUAGGUGGGAGGGAGGGAGGGGGGAGAGGGGAGAGGGGAGGGGGACAGGUGCUGGAUCAUGGCAGGGAAAAACAAAGAGUGGAUUUACCUUCCUGAAGGAAAUCUAAAGAGUUUGAUUUAAGAAUUUAAAAAAAGAGUUAUAAGCUAAAAGUGACUGAAUCAUUUUGUGGAUCUGUGUGACUUUGACUUUAAGAAACUCCACUUUGUACCUUUCAGACACUCACCUGUGAGCUCAUUCCUGCAGGACAAUAACAACACUGACCACAGGAGGCCUCCUGAUUGGCCCAGGCAGCAGCCAAUCCCAGCACGAGGACUGAGUCACAGGGAAGUGACUGCACCUAUCUGCACUCACCUGAUUCUUUACCUGGCUGAGCUCAGACGCAGCAUCUCAUUACCUUUCCAAUACAAUCCUUCAGAGAGGCUCAUUGUGUGGAGGCUCGCUCUUCAAGUCAAGGUGUCCGUCUGUGUUUGACAAAGAAAGGAGAAAAAGGAAGGAGGAGACAUGGCUGUGGCGAACUUCCACUACAUCACUCGGAUGAGCAGCGGCUUCAAGGUUUACAUCCUAGAAGGUAAGACUGAAUUUUUUAGACUUUUACUGCCUCAGGAGAGAAAAUGUGAUCAGGGGAAUCUAAUGUGUGCCGUUAUUGUGCUGAAAAAAUAACUUAAAAAUGUAAAGUCACAGUGUUUUAUUAUGGUGAGGUACAUAUCAGCGUCUUUUUCUCCGAGGAUUGUAUUUUCAUGAAAUCAGAAUUAAGCAGCAAUGACAGUCUCAUGGAAGACAUGAACUGAAAGGAACAUCUGCUUUAUAGAAUAUGUGUUAAGAAAUAUGUGCUGCCUUUAAUUAUCAAGUUUAAAAAAAAAAAAAACAGAUUGUCCCUUUAAAGUGUUUAAAAUAUCAACCACAGCCUCUUUAUACGGCUCCCUGGUUUCUAAAGAUUGAACUUUACGUUGAUUGUCUCUGAAUUUUGCUCCAAUUUCAUAAAAUCUGAUAAAAGGCGACCAAACAGAAGGUCAGGCAGCGUAUUCCUGCUGCCAAUAAGGAAGAAAUAUCCACGCCUGAGGCAUUAGAAAAUCAGCAUAGGUGUGGUUAUACCUGCCCCCCCCCUCCCCUCCCCUCCAUAAUGGCACACUGUGAGGGAGCAGCUCACAGGUGUUGGAGUGAACACACAGGAGGAUAGUGUAAUGGAGCGAGCACUCAGGAUGUGAUGACACUGGAAAGUUCAUUGUUCACCUGCUCAGCUGUAUAGAUAUGUAGAUGUAGAUGUUACUUCUCUGAGGCCUCCCUGAAUGAUCAUUUGAAUACAGUUUAAGGAGGUUUGAAUGAGCCUUCAGAGAGAGUAUUCAGGUGCUAAACCGAGCAGACACUCAGACAAAGAGACUCGUUCAGAAACAAUGCCCUCUGUUUGUGAUUGUCUCGCUAACUGAUGCGCGCACCUCUGAGUAAACUAACGUCGAAUGAGUCUGUAACCUCUUCAAACACCUCAGAUGAUCUUUUGGUGUGUUUUGCAAUCUUGACUAAAAGUGAAUUUCUCUCAGCAAACACGCCCUGAAAUCAUCAGCUUAUGUUGAUGUGUUUGGACUUGUGGAUUACAAAAGUCCACGUCGUGAUUUCCCCUCAACGGCCCUUUAAACUCAACAGGGUGCCGCCCAAAUCCAAUCAGGGUCCUCGAACCCUCAAAGGUGUCUGAUAUGUGUCACCCAGCCUGUUGAUUGUGUCCUCUUUACCGUGUGACGGGCUGAGUGCCAAACAUCAUGCAGAAAAACAUCAUUUACCGUUAGCAUUGAAUCAGCUGUGAGGUGUUGUAACGCUCACUAAUCAGGAAGAUCGGGUUCGACAAGUUAACGGAGUUUACAAUUAACGGUGACAAAAAAGAAAAAAAAUAUUUUCCCACGAAUUGCUGUCAUGCAGGUCGCUGUCAUGGAUCAAAACAAGAGUGAGUCAUGGCGCGGUGACACAAACUACCACCAACGUAGUAAAAUCAUCAUCAAUGCCAGGAAAUGAUCCGGUCAUCGCCCCGCUCCUGAGGACGGGAAAUGACGGAUCAAUCAGGGAUGAUUGACAGAUUGUUUAUGCAAACCCUAAACUUUGACUUUUGUUUUGUAGGUCAGCCCCACCUCAGAAGCGAGGACAGAUACAGACACAUCUCAAACGACCGUGCCCGAGCGCCAACUGUGUAUCCAAUCAAACGCAAGCGCAGCCACGACAGAGGCCUGACGCUGGAGGAAAGGUUGGCGACACUUCACUGUCAUGAUUUAACCGUCACAAAUAUCUCCAAAAGUGCACCAGUGUGAGGUUUCUGAUGGUCUCAAUGUUUCAGGCGAGAGCGAGUGCUGAGCAGGAGCGUUGGGAAAGCCACCCAGAGAGCGGCGCCAGCACCAGCCGUCUUCAACGGGCCUCAGAGCCCCACAUCCACCUGGAGUCCGGUCCCCAGCCCCACCAGCCCCCUACCCACUCAUGUCUACUACACACCAGUCAUGGAUGAACCCCUCGCCCUCAUCAAGAAACCAAGAAAAGAUCCAGAGAGCACAGAAGAGAAGACAAAGAGCUCUGCAAACACUCAGAUCCAGGUACUGAAACACAGAAAAACGCUCAUUUCUGCCCUCUGUAUUGGUAAAGGUGGUCGUACUGUGUGUCCCUUUGUAGUCACUGUAGUGUAGCUUCAGGCUACACACAGCAAGUACAUCUCCAUCUGUAGUCAGAGUGUGAACAGGCCCAAGCUUGUCCCAGCUAUGCGAUCCAGCCGGAUUCAGGGAGAAAAUGUGAGCGAUGGAGGGAGGAAUGUCAUCAACAAGACCAAACAGACUGUCUGUCUCUUUGACCUGCAUAAGCGACCGCACUGGGAGGGAGGGAGGGAGGGAGGGAGGGAUCUGCUUUUUCCAUGGGCAAACCCAACCUGUUCAAUCGCUUUUAAUUGAACUCUGUGCACAGUCAGGUUCAGGGGAUAAUGUCGGAGGGAAAAAGAGCUCAAACCAGUGUUGCUGCAAAUAUCAAGCCUGUUUUUUGGGUUUUCUAAUCCAUCACCUCUUCGUUGUUGUUGUUUUUCAGAUGCGUCCCUCUGUGAUCACUUGCGUCUCCUCGUCCAGAAACCCUUCCUGCAGGUCUGACAUCCACAGGAGCCCCUCAUCAGGUCAGUCUCACACUCUGUAAAUGAUCUCACCCUGCAGACGGUCACUCCCUGAUCGUCACGUUCACUUAUACUGACUCACUGAGGUGUGUAUCUGAAGUCUGUCAUCCAUCCUUUCUCCUGCAGUGAUUUCAAAAUCCAAUUAUGACCACGUGGUGGAAGAACAUUUCCAGAGAAGCCUCGGUGUGAAUUACCAGAAAGCGUCUCGCUCCCAGCAGCUCUCCAUCAGCGUUUCCGUUGACGACCACUUCGCCAAGGCUCUUGGGGACAAGUGGCUCCAGAUUAAGUCCAAGUCCUCCUCCUGCUCCUCCACGCCUCCCAGCAGCCCGAGCGUCACCCACUCCCCCACCUACAAAGAACCCACCUGCAGUUCAUCCCCGACCUCCAGCCACUGGUCCGUCAACUAAAAGCAGCAGGAACUGGACUCUCUGACUUUAAACAUUUCACUGCGUGCAGCUCUGCUUGCUCUGCAACAGGAAAGCCUGUGUAAUUUGGAGAGGGUGAGCUCAAAGAUGCAGGAGCGCCGUCAUGUUGGACCCCCGAGUAUCCAAGUUGGAGACGCAGACGAAUGUAGCAGGAAUCAGGACUUUGUGUUUUUGUUACAUUUCUCUCAUCAUUGCUUGUGGAUAGCCUCAGAAUACUGAGAAUCUGUAGAUGGUGACGUGGGAUGAUUGAAAAAUAUCAUCAGUACUCCUUUACAUUUCCGACUGUGUCAUCCUUUUAUGGCGCAGUUUUUAUUGUAUUUAUAUUCUGAUACGCCUGGGUCUCUUAUGGUCUCGAUUACUUGCCUAUCUGCUGUGUGAUAUUUUGCUUCUAAGCUGUACACAAAACAGAGACUUUAAAACGAUUUUGACAAAUAAAAAUGUCCAAAAAUCCUUUAAGAGUUUCUUUGCAUGUGUCAUCCAAGGCUGUCGCAGUAUACUGACACUGACGAUAACCUUAAAAAACAUUUAUACUGUGCUCGAAAUAAGCAUAUGGUAAUAUUGUGACUUCACAGUCGUGGGGAAGAUAAAGAAGCAGCAGCUGCUAGUGAGCUAGCUUUAGCAUCCCUCUGAGAGAGGAUUAGACAGUUUAGAGAUUUACUGUGAAGCCAAAAACAACAUGAUAAUAUAGGUUAACACUGAUCGAUUUAUACUUUUUAACCGUUCUUUAACUUUCGUCACUCAGAUCUAAAAGUUACAAUCCAAUAGAAGUAUAGGACUUAAAAACAGGGGCAUCGUUUUAUGUACUAAAGUCAAUACAGGCUUUACUGAAGUCACAUUAAAGUUUACACUGUCUUGUAAAGUUAUAACAUUAGGAGAAUAAAGUCGUCAUGUUGUUAAAAUUAAGUGUCGAUAAAGUUUUGGUUGUCUGCACCAAACUGAGGAAGUUUUGGUUAAAGUGUCUCUAAUGUUUCGUCUCCCCAGCUCCACAUUGGUCCAAGUAUCAGGACUCUGAACAGACUGGGGGAAAACUGAGACAUGGUGUUCUCAGUCGAAAUAGCAUCAUGAGGCUAAUCAUUGACUUAAUCCAUGGCCCUAAUACAAAAAACAGAAAAAUACCAAAAUAAAAGCAUGACAAAAACACUACUUCCUCUGGGUUUAGUUUGCUGGAUGUGCUGAUGAGGAUAAGUCAUAAAUUUGAAAAACAUCAGAAAUGGAUGAGGACAUGUUGCAUUCAUUUGUAAAUUAGUGUCAGCUUGUUAUCUGAGGAAUAACUGAUUUUAAUUUUAUUUUUGUUAAUUAAAAAAAAUAUCUUGAUAUAAAAGUUGAAUAAAAAGUAAAGAGGGUCACUGAUGCACGCACUCUCUGUAAAAGUGGACAGGGUGGUGCACCAGACAACCUAAUUUCAGAGGUGAGUCAGUGUGUGUCUGAAACACGUCCGGCACACACACACACACACACACUCAUUUUACUUUCAGACUUGUUGCCACACACUGAGUGGAAAUUAAAUGGUUGUAUGAGCAACUCAUUUGUGUGUUUUUUUUUUCCUGUAAGUUGGGGGAAUGUAGGAUGCAUGUUGGAGCAGGCAGCAGGCCUUGUGUUCUGACAUUCCUGUCUCCUGAGAAAAUGAAUCUGUAAGAUCCUACAGAUCCUGUUUGGCAAGAGGCGGGAGGGAGGGAAGCGGGGAAGGAAGGGUUGGGCUGACAUAGGCCUGAGCAUGAGAACCAGCAGAGCUCUUCGGUUACUUAUUUGCAUGUUCUAUCUUGUUCAAGUUUAAAUAUGAUAAGCGACAUUUGAAAAAUACGAGGCUUCUUGUCUUUAAAAAUCGCAGAUUCAGUCAAUUCUGUAUUAGCAUGAAAACUCAGGGAAAUCAGGAAAUGUUCAGAUUAAUAGAACAUUUUGGGAAUAAAGUUGUAAAUGAGGGCGCAGAAUAACAACUUGACCUGUUUGUACAUUAAAAUGACUGGAAUAGACACUGAUAAAUGUGCAUUCUUGCGUCUUCUUGUAGUUUGAGUGAAGACGUGUGGAUAUAACCGUCAUCAGUCUAUCAUACAGUCACGUUAAGUUUAUGUCUGAAUGUAUUGUGUGAGCAAACACAAACAGGAGCAAUUAAUCAUCAAACUGUAGUUUAAUCCUUUUCCUCGUUAACUGUCUAAACUGGUAUUUCCACAUGGAGUGUAAUCAUCAGCCAGUGUAACCUGAACAGAGGCGUUGAUGCCACCUAGAGGCCCUAAAGGUACAUAAAUCUUUAAAACUGAAAACAAUAACAAAGACAAACGGUCUCAUGUUGCACGAUGAGCCGCAUAAACAGAUAAAAACAAAACUCUGAGGGUGGACUGGUUGUCAGGUGAGAGUGCUCGACUAACCGGAUGACCUUUAGGAGGUUAAAACAGAGAUCUAUGGGGAGGAAUACUCCACCAGUUCACCCAGUUAACCACAAGGGGGCAACCUCACUACAGGCUGUGCACCAUUCUCCAUUCAUAAACUUUUAAUCCUCUUUGCAACUGAAACAUUGACUGUGUUGUUCUUCAUAAAUGUGGCUUGUGCAGUCAGGUAGACCAUGAAUCUGCACAAUUUCAAGUCUGAAAUCCUUAAAUUUUGUUUAAAAGCAUGUAUCCAUUAACACAUUUGCUGUUAAUGGUCAGUACCUGCUGCAGAGCUGCAUGCAUGCAGAAACGGCUUCAUUAGGUGUGUCCAGAUAUGAAGCAGGUUAGAUGAGGAAGUUAAAAUCAAACUAAACAACUAGUCAUGAGAAUGCAAACAGAAAAAACUUCUCAUGCAGAUGCACCAAUGCACAUAAUUGCUCCAGGCAACAAUAAAAGAUAAUUAUAAUCCUGAACAGCUCCAACAUGACAGAAAACAUCAUUUAACUGAAUUUGACUGCAGCAGUACUCAUUAAGAUUUUCACUAGAGUGCAGAUGAUUGGUCGAGUCCUUGGGAAAGUUCUGGUUCUUUGUUAAGUCUUACAAAAGUUUGAUCACCGUCAACAAAGCAUCAAGCAUUUAGUAAAUAAUCAAAAUUACAGCUCUGAUCUCCUGAGAACAUGAUUGCGUUGAAUGACUGGUGUGCAGCAGAGUGAUUCAUGUUAGAGCUUCUUCUUCGACCUCUCAGUAUUUAAAUGAUAAAAGUAAAUCUGUGUAAUUGUGUAAAUUAUGGCUGCUCUGUUACAGACAGCCCAGCGUUUCCAAUCCCAAACUGGGAGCUGUGUUUACAUCAGUAUCAUAAUAAAUGAGAGGGGCCAUAUGGUUUAAAAUAAGCUGUUUAAAUCAGCUUUAUGCUAAUUCCCACACUUGGAACAUGUGUUUCAUUGUUUUAAAUACACAUAAUUCAUAACCCUAUAGAGGAGCAACCCAGAAGAACCAUCCCACAGAUUACUCAUGAAAAUCUGCACUAAGUCAGUCCUCUGACACAGUAGGCCGAUAACAGACAUGUCUGUUUAAUGGAAGAGCCUGCUACUUUGGACCUGAAGUUCCUGUAACAGUGACAGUAUUAUUACAUAAAACUAUUAAUGCAGAAUAAUAUUGAAGAAAAGAACAAAAGUAAAAGCAUGAAAAGGCACAUUUAUGCAGUACAAUUCAGCUAUUUUAAAAGAAAGACUGAAAACAAUUUUUAGUCUUGCUUUUAACUAAAUUUUAAAUCAUUAACUUUAAGUGUUUUAGCAUUUAUCUUUCUAGUUUUAAUGACAGGAUCGUCUCUUAUUGAGCUAUUUUGGUGCUCUUAUUUUAGUAUCUUACUGAUGUUUUUAUUUUAUUUUAUUUAUUAUUUCUUAAAUUUCAUUCUGUGUUACGUUGUUUUUAGAUUUUAAACCUCCACUGUUUCCUUAUCUUGAGUUUUAAAAUAGUGUUUCCUCAGUGCGCACAUUCCUGUUUCCACAAAAUUAAGCCCUUUUUAAAUACAUUUUAAUUCUGCUUCUGUUGUGUUUCGAUUGUGGGGUAGGAAUGAGGGUUUGGGCUGGGUUAGAUUUGGGUAUUCUUUAUUUCUUUUAUUCCUUUUUCUGUGUAAAGCAUUUUGUGCUACAUGGUCAUGUAUGAAAAGUGCUUUGUAAACAAAUACUGAUUGAUUGAUAAAAACAAGAUUCACAGAAACAUCCACCAUAAAUCAGAGAAGAUGAAAUCAAUCACAGGGUGUAACAUGAAUGAUUGAUACAGAGUGACAGUAUACAGAGUAGGAGGGUUAACACUCAGCUGAAUUAUUGAAUUAUGAAUUACUUCUGCCCAUAAGGAUGCCUCCUCAUUUAAUAAACUUCUUUCUCACUUGAACUCUUUGUUUACCCUCAUUCACUGUUUUGUGGAAGACUCCGUCUGUCCUCACAAUGACUGUAACCUCCAUCAACACACUAUAAACAAGCUUAAUUCAAUAAACACAUAACAUCACAAACAUUUCACACUAACUGUACAUAUUUAACCCUUUAGUCAUAUUACUGAUGUUUAUCAGUUAUUUGGUUUUCCAGAUUUACCCUGGAUUCCGUGUUUUACGAACCAAACAGGUGACCAUUGAAUCAAACAUAACUGUGUCUUUAGAAAAAAAGGUGAAUUAAAAACUGAACAGUGAAAUAAGGUGGAUUUAAGGGCAGCUGAUGGAUAAGUUGUGAUGAUACAGUAGAUUUUAUAGUAUUUAAGUGUAUGUUUGUGUAGAGCCUAAACUGAGCCUGUUGUAACUUGUCAGAGUUAGCCGUUAGCUAACGCGAUGAGCUAACGGCUAUGCUAACGGCUAAGCUAGCGCCGGUAUGCAAACAAACUAUGAUUCGGUUCCGGUUCGCGGUAAAUAUCUACGUAAAAAAACAACCACACAACCAAAACUGGUGCCAGUUGAGUCCAGAACUCGAUAAAAUAUCCAUAGUUAGUUGGUCAAUUGUAGAAAAUUGUGUAAAAAGGACGUAUUUACUUACUGUUUUAGUGAUGACUUGUAGUUAAACGGUUAAGGGACGUUCACGGUCUGUUCCUGUAAAAACCGUCUCAGACGAUCAAAAAUUCUCGAAGUGAAGAUUCUAUUUAAAAAAAAGAUAUCUGACAGUUUGAGUCAAAGAAAUUUCUCUUAAUCUUAAACGGUGAUUUUAUUUCUUAUUUUAUUUAUUUGUUGAAAAAGUAAACCCCCAUGUCAUACUACCUUAAAAGUAAUUUAAAUGUAAUUGAGGAAAAUUGGCUUAUUACAACUGCUUUAUAACCCUGAAUUAAACAUAAGUAACUAACUCCUCAGAAUUUGAUAAAGUUAAUAAAGCUAUAAAACUUACUAUUUUAUAUUUUAAUUGUAGGAUUUGAGUGUUUAGAUUCAGUAGACCUAUACUUACAAAGAUAUCAAAUAAGUUUCAUAAUCACAAUUGUGGUCUUCAUGUUGGCGUGUAUUUCACAGAGGCACCACCAUGAAAGUAAGCAGGUGGUAUUUUGCUGAAUGUGAGGAGACUACCUUUUCAGAAUUUGUCCUGUUCAUAUAUAAAUCGUGUUUCUGAUAAAAAAAACAAUAAAAUAAAAUAAAAAUCUGCUUUAUUUUAACAGUCAAACACAUGACUAGGGAAUCUGUGCCAUUGAAAACAUAAAAAUAGAGUUUAUUUUAAGUUAAUCACUUUUCCUGACACCAACUCUGUGCUGUUCCUCUAUUAUUGUUUGAUAAAGGCUGCUGUGCAACACUGAAAACUGUAGUUGUCUUGAUUUGUUGCACAUUUGUGGAUUUGACAACAUGUAGAUGCAUGCAGAAACAUCCAGUACUUGCUGAAUGAUCUGUUUAUGUUUCUUGCAGUUUUAAGUCAUGUGAGCUAGGUUGUAAUUCAACUAAGUAUCAUGCAAAUGUGGUUAAUGCCAUAAGCAUGGUACUUACUUGCAGUGCGAUGAUAUCAUAAAUCUAGAUUUUCUUAACACUUUUCUUUACUUAAUUGAAUGUAUUUUCUUCAACUGCUCCAUAUCAUGAGCAGUUAUGGUGGUGCAGAGGAGGUUUAAUGCAAAGGUAGCAAAUGCUAAAGGGUUUUGUGUCUGCUGUUUCAUAAACCUCAAAAAACUUCUUAAGGGAGCUUUAACAAGAGCAUACAGUAUGUAGUUAGUGCAGUCUAUCCUGCUGUAUAUAUAGUUUUGUUUUGUGCGGGUUGAUGAUGUGCUAAAUUUUUCCACUGACUUCAUAUUUCCUUUCAUUAGCGCUGUGAGUUACUGUCAUUCAGACUCGUCACAUGUUUCACAGAGGUCACAGUAUUCCACACAGGUAGCAUUAGUGUACACGUGUUAACAUGUCAGACCCACACUAAAUCAUUCAACAGGUGCUAAUACCUCCUAAUAAAUGAGUAAUCAGGAGGAACUGAUCAGCAGAUUUGGAGGCAGUGUAGCAGUUUGGAAAACGAGCCAAAUUGUGCUGACGCUGGAGGAGGUCGGACGGUUUACUGAAGCUUCUCAAUGAGGAGCCCAUUCAUGUUAAAUUACAGGUUGAUCAGUAACAAAGUCUGUAAGUGUUGCUUCAUGUUCUGCUUGGCAACACAUGUAAGGUGGUCGUAGCAUGUGUUAAUAUCCUAACAUACAAGAAAGCAGAAGGAUAAAAGUGUGUAGAGAUAUAACAAGAGGAAAAACUCAGCAGUUGUGAGGUUAAAAACUCAAAAGGAUGUUUGUUUACUCUCUUAAACCCAAAAAGAUUAGAUAUGUGGAGAGAAUUAUUUGUAUUUCAGUGUUCAUUUGUUGAACAGACCUUAUAUUUUAAAAUUACAUAUCAUACUUUACCAAAUGUGUUACACGUGCCAGAGAGCAAAAUGGAGUCACAACAAGGGAAAAAGUCCCAAAAAGUUCAAUCUUUUAUUUAAGAAAUAACACACCUCACUGCAUUUCUGAUUAGUCCAACUUGUUAUACCUGUCAUUUUUGGUGUCUAGAUAGUGGUAAAGUUUGCAUGAAUAAUAAAAAAAACAUUGUAAAAAAUUAACAACACACCACACGUGAUAUAUUAUGUCGUUGCAUUAAUAUAAGGUAUGGCCAGUAGAUGGCGUCAGAGUAAAGGCCAUGCAGUUAAAUAUUAAGCUCAGUUGUGGUCAAUUUAGCGCCUAUUUUCUCCACAUUGAUUUUCUUUAUUUGUUUAACGCUAAAUAAUUUAAACUAUACAUAGCACCCAGGAGUAUUAUGGGAACACGACUGUGAUUUGACAGAAACAAUAAACCCUGAUGACUAUAAACAGCCUGUAGCCUCAAAUACUUUAAUUGUUUCUCCUUCAGGCACAAGAAGCAGAUCUCCUCAGGACAAACAAGAGGCAUUUCUGUCUCUGUGGGGGUUUGGGGAAAUUUGGAGGAUUCCUCCUUCAAAGUCACAUAAUCAGUGAAAACAGUCAUUAUUUCUCUGCGUCUACAAACACGUUAAACAUUAGCUUUUGGGCAGCAGAGGUCUCAUGACCGGACCGUGAAGGCGUGUACUCAGUCC